AUGGUUGCCAUCCCCAUGAGCAUACCACCGUCCUUCAGGCCAUGGAUGAGGCAUACAGACAGCUCUCAGAUAGACAGCUCUCAGACAGACAACUCUCAGAAAGACAACUCCCAGACAGACAACUCCCAGACAGACAACUCCCAGACAGACAGCUCUCAGACAGACAACUCUCAGACAGACAACUCUCAGAUAGACAACUCUCAGACAGACAACUCUCAGAUAGACAACUCUCAGAUAGACAACUCUCAGAUAGACAGCUCUCAGAUAGACAGCUCUCAGAUAGACAGCUCUCAGAUAGACAGCUCUCAGAUAGACAGCUCUCAGAUAGACAGCUCUCAGAUAGACAGCUCUCAGAUAGACAGCUCUCAGAUAGACAGCUCUCAGAUAGACAGCUCUCAGACAGACAGCUCUCAGAUAGACAGCUCUCAGAUAGACAGCUCUCAGAUAGACAGCUCUCAGAUAGACAGCUCUCAGAUAGACAGCUCUCAGACAGACAGCUCUCAGAUAGACAGCUCUCAGAUAGACAGCUCUCAGAUAGACAGAUCUCAGAUAGACAGCUCUCAGAUAGACAGCUCUCAGAUAGACAGCUCUCAGACAGACAGCUCUCAGACAGACAGCUCUCAGAUAGACAGCUCUCAGACAGACAGCUCUCAGACAGACAGCUCUCAGAUAGACAGCUCUCAGAUAGACAGCUCUCAGAUAGACAGCUCUCAGAUAGACAGCUCUCAGACAGACAGCUCUCAGAUAGACAGCUCUCAGACAGACAGCUCUCAGACAGACAGCUCUCAGAUAGACAGCUCUCAGACAGACAACAGACAGCUCUCAGACAGCUCUCAGAUAGACAGCUCUCAGAUAGACAGCUCUCAGACAGACAGCUCUCAGACAGACAGCUCUCAGAUAGACAGCUCUCAGACAGACAGCUCUCAGAUAGACAGCUCUCAGACAGACAACUCUCAGAUAGACAGCUCUCAGAUAGACAGCUCUCAGAUAGACAGCUCUCAGACAGACAGCUCUCAGACAGACAGCUCUCAGAUAGACACCUCUCAGACAGACAGCUCUCAGACAGACAGCUCUCAGAUAGACAGCUCUCAGAUAGACAGCUCUCAGACAGACAGCUCUCAGACAGACAGCUCUCAGAUAGACAGCUCUCAGACAGACAGCUCUCAGAUAGACAGCUCUCAGACAGACAGCUCUCAGAUAGACAGCUCUCAGACAGACAGCUCUCAGACAGACAGCUCUCAGAUAGACAGCUCUCAGACAGACAGCUCUCAGACAGACAACUCUCAGAUAGACAGCUCUCAGACAGACAGCUCUCAGACAGACAACUCUCAGAUAGACAGCUCUCAGACAGACAGCUCUCAGACAGACAGCUCUCAGACAGACAGCUCUCAGAUAGACAGCUCUCAGAUAGACAGCUCUCAGAUAGACAGCUCUCAGACAGACAGCUCUCAGACAGACAGCUCUCAGAUAGACAGCUCUCAGACAGACAGCUCUCAGAUAGACAGCUCUCAGACAGACAGCUCUCAGAUAGACAGCUCUCAGACAGACAGCUCUCAGACAGACAACUCUCAGAUAGACAGCUCUCAGACAGACAGCUCUCAGACAGACAGCUCUCAGACAGACAACUCUCAGAUAGACAGCUCUCAGACAGACAGCUCUCAGACAGACAGCUCUCAGAUAGACAGCUCUCAGAUAGACAGCUCUCAGAUAGACAGCUCUCAGAUAGACAGCUCUCUGAUUCCACAAGAGCUUCUGGACAUCAGAACAGCGCAGGACAUACCGCUCACCCAGGACCAGGCCCUGAACCCCGACACCAGAAGAGGAAAAGACGGAGAUAUAGAGACCGACGUGGGGGCUCAAUGA